AUGUUGCUCGAAGACCAAAGAUUCAUUCACGAAGACCUCGAGCGGUUGGAGCAGGCUAUUGCUGAUCGCGUGGCGGAGGAGCCGCGAAAUAUCCGCGAACGCUUGACUCGCGACCAUGAAGUUGCUCAAUUCCUAGAGAGAAUUGAGGAUCAAUCGAAGCGAUUGCUUGAAAUCUACAAGGAUGCCGAUGGGCUGCGGGAAAAAGAAGUGCAAUCAAUCUCGACCGGCGAUCAGUUCGAAGAAUUCUACAAGCAACUUGGUGAGAUUAAAGAUCACCACAAGCGGUACCCCAAUGAACCCGUCGAAAAUCUUGAACAGGCCUACAAGCGCCGUCACCCCGGCGAAGGAGAGCCUGCUCUCGGCGCACUUGACAAGAUGUUCACUGGAGAAGAAGGAUUCGGACAAUUCCUGGAUCUCACAGCUCUGCACGAACAAUACCUGAACCUCCCUGGUGUGAAGCGUCUCUCCUACGUCCAAUAUCUUGAAAAUUUCGACUCUUUCACACCUCCAGCCAUGUCCAUCAAGCGCAAAGACAAAGUUUCCGAUCGUUACUUUGGAUAUGUUGGUGAACUGUCAAGCUAUCUUGAAAGCUUCGUCAAGAAAGUUCGCCCCCUGGAAGACACAGACAAACUCCUCACCAAGUGCAAUGAAGAAUUCGAGCAGAAAUGGUCAGCUAAGGAGAUUCCCGGCUGGACAGCAGAAAAGUCCGAAAGUGGCUCCGGUCCGACAACCGAAGGAACCGGCGAAGGUACUUGGUGUCCCGACUGCGAGAAAGAAUUCAAAAACCCGAACGUGUACCGAAACCACCUGACGGCCAAGAAACACAUUCGAGCGGCUGAGAUCCGCAAGGCAUCAGGUGCAUCGGGUGAGAAGACAUCUUCACAUAUCACUACCUCAGCCCACAGUUUGAAGGAGCGUGAAGUUGCACGUCGCGAGCAUGUAGUUCGAAGCUUGACGGAGGUUGUUAAGGGAGAGCGUCAGGCUUCAAGAAUCAACGUUGAGCGCCGACAAGGCAUGACAGAGCGUGAACGCCAACAAGAGCAAGAUGCGAUGCUUGCUGGACUGGAUAACUUCGGCCCUGAGGGUCCAGCCGGCGAGGAGUCAGAAGAUGAGGGCGAGGAGCGUGUUUACAACCCACUGAAGCUACCACUCGCAUGGGAUGGGAAGCCCAUUCCUUAUUGGCUGUACAAACUUCACGGAUUGGGCGUCGAAUACAAUUGUGAGAUUUGUGGAAACUAUACCUACAUGGGCCGACGAGCCUUCGACAAACACUUCUCCGAAUCACUACACAUCUACGGCUUGAAGUGUUUGGGUAUCGUCUCAAACACCAACCUCUUCCGUGAGAUCACAAGCAUCAGUGAAGCCAUGGCGCUUUGGGAGCAACUCGAGAAGGAACAGAAGAAGGACAAAGAUUCUCGUGAGAACGUCGUCCAGAUGGAGGAUGCGGAGGGUAACGUUAUGCCCCAGAGGAUCUAUGAUGAUCUGAAAAAGCAGGGUAUUCUCUGA